AUGCAUUUCUCGAUUCGCGUUGCGCUCUCUGCGCUCUGUGCCUCGGCCGCUCAAGCAGCCAUUGCCCCCAAGCCGGUCCCUCCCCCAGCGGUCGAUGCCUCCCAUGCGAUUCAGGGCGCGGCCACCUUUCAGCAGCUCAUUGACCACAAGAACCCAAGCUUGGGAACCUUCUCUCAGCGCUACUGGUGGAGCUCCGAAUGGUGGGCUGGCGAGGGCUCUCCGGUGAUUCUCUUCACUCCCGGUGAAGAAGCUGCAGAUCAGUACACGGGAUACCUGACCAACAAGACUCUCACUGGUCGGUAUGCCCAGGAAGUCAAGGGUGCCGUGGUGAUGAUUGAACACCGAUACUGGGGAGACUCGUCGCCCUACAAAGAGUUGACCACCGAGAACCUGCAAGCUCUGACCUUGGAGAACUCGAUUGCGGAUCUCAACUACUUUGCGCGAAAUGUUAAGCUGCCCUUCGAUACCAACAGCAGCAGCAACGCCCAGAAUGCGCCCUGGGUCAUGAGUGGAGGUUCCUACAGCGGUGCCCUCGCUGCCUGGACCGAGUCCACUGCCCCCGGAACCUUCUGGGCUUACCACGCAUCCAGUGCCCCUGUUGAGGCCAUCUAUGACUACUGGCAAUACUUCUCCCCCGUUCAGCAGGGUAUGCCCCAGAACUGCAGCCGCGAUGUGAGCCGGGUCAUCGACCACAUUGACAAGAUCUACCGGUCUGGAAGCGAGAAAAAGAUGCAAGAACUGAAGGAGAUGUUUGGUCUCGGUGACAUCGAGCACUUUGACGACUUUGCCAGUGCCCUCGAGAACGGACCGUGGUUGUGGCAGUCAAACACUUUCUACACCGGCUACUCUAAAUUCUUCCAGUUCUGCGAUUACGUCGAGAACGUGGAUAGCGGAAACGGCAAGCUUCCCGGCCACAAUGGUGUUGGUUUGAAGAAGGCACUUGCCGGUUACGCCAAGUGGUUCAAGACUGAGUAUCUUCCUGGAUCCUGUGCCAAUUACGGUUACUGGUCUGACCCCAUGACUACCGACUGCUUCAACACCUACAACGCCUCCAGCCCCAUCUUCACCGACGUCUCUGUGAACAACACUGUGGACCGCCAAUGGCAGUGGUUCCUGUGUAACGAGCCCCUCUUCUACUGGCAAGAUGGUGCCCCCUCCCACGUCGAUACUCUAGUUUCCCGCUCCGUCAAUGCCGAGUACUGGCAGCGUCAGUGCUCACUCUACUUCCCUGAAGUCAAUGGCUUCACUUUCGGUAGCUCCAAGGGCAAGAAAGCCGAUGCUGUCAACCACAAGACGAAGGGUUGGGAUCUGACCGACACAACCCGACUUAUCUGGGCCAACGGAGAAUUCGAUCCCUGGCGAACCUCCGGCAUGUCCUCCGAAUACCGCCCCGGCGGCCCUCUCAAGUCACGCCCCUCUGCCCCAUUGAACAUCAUCCCGGGCGGUUUCCACUGCUCGGACCUGAUUCUCAAGAACGGUGCUGCGAACGCGGGCGUGCAGAAGGUCAUCGAUGCUGAAGUGGCUCAGAUUAAGACCUGGGUUGCGGAGUAUUACAAGAAAUGA